AUCAGGCUCCUCGGCGCGUGUGUGACCGCUGCCUCGGAUUCCCUGCUUGGCUGUGGCCGGGAGGCGGGGAGGGAACGGUGGCGGAGCCAAGCAGCCGUGAAACGGAAAUUACCCCAAGGGAAUGUAAAAGUUUUGGGACUGAAAGCACCCAAGAGCCGCCGCGCCCUCGCGCCCAGAGACUCGACACAUUCACCCAGUUUCUAAUGGAAGCUGCUGGAUUUGUGAGGAGGCGUCGGAUGACAGCGGAGUCGACAGGCGGCGAUCCCGGGGUUGCUGGUGCCUCUGCCGGGGCUGAAGUUCGAUGGCUGGGGGGCAGAUUCUGGGGAGUUUCCGAAAGUAUCGUGGGGAGCCUGACCCCCCGGAUCGGAGGCGAGACGGAGCUACAGACUGUUGAGUUCCUCCGCGCUGCACAGGAUGCAGAGACAGAGGACACCGAACCGGACUAUGAGGGUCUGCCACAGGGAGCCUCCACUAGCACCCACAUGUUCGCCGGAGCCGUGGCCGGGAUCAUGGAGCACUGCCUCAUGUUCCCCAUCGACUGUGUCAAGACACGAAUGCAGUGCCUCCAGCCCGAACCCGCAGCCCGCUACAGAAACGUGAUGGAUGCUCUUCGCCGAAUAGUAGCCACGGAGGGAGUCUGGCGGCCGAUGAGAGGGCUCAAUGUGACGGCGGUUGGGGCGGGACCUGCCCAUGCCCUGUAUUUCGCCAGCUAUGAGAAACUAAAAAAGACUCUUAGUGAUCUCAUUCAUCCAGGGGCAAACAGUCAUUUGGCUAAUGGAACCGCUGGGUGUGUGGCAACGCUUCUUCACGACGCAGCCAUGAACCCAACCGAAGUUGUGAAGCAGCGCAUGCAGAUGUAUAAUUCACCAUACCGCGGCGUGUCGGACUGUAUACGCGCCGUAUGGCAGAAAGAGGGCCCUGCUGCUUUCUACCGCAGUUACACCACCCAGCUCACCAUGAACGUGCCCUUCCAGGCGCUCCACUUCAUGACCUACGAGUACCUACAGGAGGUGCUCAACCCCCAAAGACAGUACAAUCCCUCAUCCCACAUGUUGUCGGGAGCUUUGGCCGGAGCCAUCGCAGCUGCGGCCACGACACCGCUAGACGUCUGCAAGACCCUGCUCAACACCCAGGAGUGUCUCACCCUCAGCUGCCUGUCCUCGAGCCAAGGCCCCGGCAAGGGCCAAGGCCAAGGAGCCCACAGACAGAUCUCAGGCCUCGCCCACGCCUUCCGGACGGUGUAUAGGUUGGGCGGCCUGAAGGGCUUCUUCAAAGGGGUCCAGGCAAGGGUGAUUUACCAGGUGCCCUCCACAGCCAUCAGCUGGUCGGUGUACGAGUUCUUCAAAUACGGACUCACCAAGCACCAGCACAACAAGAGGAGAGCACAGCACAAGGAGGCUGAGAUGUAGAGACCUCCUCUCAACAUCGCUCUGUCCUCCCUGUGAGGAGUCACUUCAAUACGCACAUAGAAUCUGACCUAAAGUCCACCUCAUAUGUCCCAUCCCUUUCAGACAUAGCAGAUAAGAAAGACAGCUCGAGUAGGCAUAUUACUGCUGCGACUUUUAGAGACUAGGUAUGGUUUGACUAAAGCCAUUCUAGAGGCCAAUACGUUUGUCCAAGCCAAGGAUAAAUGUGAAGAACGCACAAGUUUUCAUUUAGAAAGGUAGUCAGCAGAGGGCAGUAGAGUUUCUUUGUGUGUUACAGUAGUUUACAAAACGUUGGUAUAGGACCAGAUUCUUUUUCACAUCCAUUCAAAGUUUGAGUUUGCAGAUCCCAGUCUUUUUUUCACUUCUUUACCUGAAAUAGAUUAUUGAUUUGUUCCAAAUUCGAAGUUUUUCUGCCAUUUAGAAUGAAUUGAAAACUGACCCAGCUGAGAACUUUGUUGCUAAAUUUUCCUCAGAUACCUUUAUAGAAAUUCAGAGCAGCCCUUCUCACAUUGGCAAGUCAGACCAUCUUUUAAUACCCUACUAAUUGAACCGGUGUAUUUGAAAUAUAGUCCAAUAGAAUUUGCCGACUCCAUAGAUUAACAAGAAGGCCAUAGUUCAGAUAUCGGUGACAUUUUUGUUUGGCUAUUGGCAGUUAAAUAAAGAUGAGGUAUGUUGGGUUAAUCAUGUCCCGCUGCUGGAGGGGCGGUGCCAAUUGCGUUAAACAAAUAUUCAAAUUUCCAGUAGCUCUAAGGUGUCUGAAGUAUUUGUGUAAUUUAUUUUUAAAUACUUAACUACUUAAUUGAAUUUUAUUUCCAGCAAAUAUAUGACUUGAAUUAGUUUUCUCCAUUCAUGUGUUCAUUCAACUCCUGGAUCAUCCACUCAUCUUUAGUCCUAUGCACCUGUUUGGCAGAUCAGAUCAGCGUUAAGAGGCCGGGUCUGUCCAUUAACUGUAGCUGGGAGCCUGUUCUCAGCUUGUGAACUACUGAGUUUCUAUAUCUUGCUUGGCCGCAAAGGUUGUGUACAAUGUACUGUGUCCGAAAAAGAAGAAUUUAACCCCGCAUUUUAUGGAAGUCAGUGUCUCAUAAGAUAUGUAUCUAUACACAUAAAUGGAAGCUGUCAUUCUUAAUGAUUGAUGUCUGAUUGUCUCAGACACUGAAUUGCACUCGAUGAAUAAAGACUGAGCAGCAGGGCACUCAUUACUCUCUGCUCAUAAAUGAUG